CACUUUGGUGUGCUGGCAGAACACUGUGCACAAAACUACGAAAACAACAGUCACAAAAUUGUUGUUUUUCACGUAAUUUGCGGUGAAAUUAGGAAAAUAGUAUCCUAAAACUGUUGAAAAAGUUCAGUGAAUAGUAUUCUCUUACCCUGCUAAAAUGGCCAACGUAGGAAAUCUACUGAAUAUCAACGUGGACAAGCUGUUCGAACAGAACAGUAUUGCGGAAAUUGAUCAAGUUCACAAGAGGCUGCAAGCCGAAGUUGAACUUAAACGAGAAGAGCUCAGGACAAUGGUCGGUGAACGGUAUCGUGAUUUGCUGAAAGCGGCUGAUACUAUCGGCGAUAUGCGAACAACGGCGAGUUCUAUAAUCGGAAACGUAGACAACAUAACUGCUGCUUGCCGGAAACUGAAUGAUCAUCAAUUGAUUGGAUUUAAGUCCGCAAGUGAUCAACAAAGACCCAACCAGAAAAACUCCAACAACAAAUUUCACGGAGUAAUCGUGCAAAUCAAGCUGCUGACCAGCCUUCCGGAAAUGAUUUGGAGCGCCAUUGACGAAGAAGAUUACUUUGUAGCUACCCAACUGUUCAUCUUCUCGAGACACAUAUCGACUGGUUUGCAGUUGGAUGCCAAUAGCGAGAUGAUGGCCAAGUUCCCUGUUGCGAAGAAACAGUGGGCCGUUUUGAGCCAAUUUUUUUUUACUAUCAAGCAAAAUUGCGCCACUUGCUUGGAACGGGAAGAUUUAACGCCACAAGUGGCCGCAAAAUGCUUAGCCAGUUUAGUGCUGCUGGAGAAUUGCCAACUGGAUUACAUUUUGUCGCUGUUCGUACAAAUGCGCCUUAAAGCGUAUGCUGGCGUACUGUCGGAAAGCUCACGGUACGAGAAGGUCAAGGAUAAGAUACUGGCCAGUCUUAAGCUUUUGAUGAAUACGGUAAAUUUAAUGCACGAGUGUUUCAUCGGCAACGAUCGGGAACCGGGUCUACUAAUGAAGGAAAUGAUGCUGGUUACGGACGAAAGCGCUUUACCGACUAUCGGUUUGAUCAAGUCUGAAGAUCCAAAAAUUAUUCAAACAUUGCCGGACAUUAUUUGCAAAUUUAGACCACGGAUCGCGUUGCAACCAUUGAAUAAAGAACUAGUCCUCAAAAGUUCCCAAUUUUGGUUGCACAACGUAGAAAAAAUUGCGACCGGUCAGUUGUCUAACUUGAUGAACUUGGUUACAAGCAUCAAAGUACUUCAUGAUAUAAAGAAACUGUCACUGAAAGCCGCUUCAAAGCCAGACAAUUGGUCGGAUAUUUGCGAAAAGUUGUCCUUUUCAGAUUUACUGGAUUUCUACGCAAUGUUCUAUCAGCCCUUGAUAAGCUCUCGUAUCAAAGCCAUUAUAAGGCAAUGCUGGUCCGAAAUAAUUGCAUCCAACAAUAGCGACGUGCUGAGCCUCGUUUCGUCCGCAUCAACUGAUGAACACGUGAGAGACUUGAAGGCAUUCGUUUGGUCCGAGUCGACAGAAGACAUUCCUCUGAACCUGAAGGCUGCACUGGAUCGAUCACAGCCCGCUAGCCAUUACCUUCUGAUGAAAUCAAAAGCAUUUCCUCCAGCCCUGGUACAACUUGCAUCGUCCUUCGAUAAACGUAUUCAAACCCUCACAAUGGAUGUACAAUCAUUUCUGGAGUCAUUCUCCACUAACGAAGCAGGUCAGCUCAUUGAGUUCUACAGCGACUGCAGCGUCGAAAGCAUAAACGAACUUCUAACGGCCAUCAAAACGAACGAUUGCAACCCAUCAUCGGAUAAGUUGAUACUGCUUGCUCGACUUCUCACUGCUUACAAGGAACUGUGUCCGUCUUUGAAGCAAUGCCUGACUCCGUCGCUGAUGAAUCAAGUAGAAAUUGCAACGUCUUGGCAAAGUGAAGGUAAACUGACUGACGGAGAUCGGUGGAAUAAUAUUUCUGGUCUACUAGAAGAGGAGAGCAUCAGGUUUUGGAAGCUUUGGCUUGAACAAUUUGUAGCAAAAUGGCCUCAAUUGGACAAGCAAAUCAGUUAUCAAACAUUACUCACGGAAUUUCCGCUUUGGGAUACGGUUACCAUCGAAGAGAACGACGAGCAAAACCAACCAGUGCAAUCAACUAUUCAUAUACCCGCCCUACCGAGUUUCCCGCUCCAAAAACUACUUCACGUCAUAACAACCCUUCUAAAUACGCUGGUCCCACAAACGAUCCCAAAGGCAAUCGUCGUUCAAGUUGUGGAGCGUAUAAUUUCCUACUUACAUGAUCACUAUCGUUUCCUGUCUCAAAAUGACUUCAUUCAAAAAAAUCAAAAUUGCGCCUUGCAGUACUAUUUCGAUCUAAAGUUCGUUCAGCUUUUGUUCACCGGUCGCGACCGAAAGCAGCUGGCCGAACCCUACAAUCAAUUGAUCGGCGAAUUCAAAUCCCACAUUGAUCCGUUCGAUUUUGACGUGUUCUAUCCGCACGUUAACACCAAUGUUAAACGCGCUGUUCAGCGGAUGCAGCACUUCUUCGGUAUUCUGUUGACCAACGGUGACCAGCUGAGUUCACUUCUGGGGACGAGCACGGGCAAUGCGUCGCAGGUGGCGCCGGUCAAGGAUAAAAACCCCAACAUUCUUGCGCUGAGCUCGAACAGUGCCAGCGAAACCUGGUUCCCGUUGUUGCCGAUCGUGACCAAGGAUGCACCGGUAACGGCGGUUGUGGCAAGUGCUGCUGUGAGUGUGGCGGAGUCAACGAAAUCGAGCAGUAAAACAGUUGAGCCACCUAAGUCAUCUGCGAAGGAAUCUUCUGUUAACAAACCACGAGAAGCAGUGUCAUCUUCAACAGUUACGGCUCAAAACUACGCCAAAGGUGCAGCAGCUUUCUUCGGUCUGGAUAAGGAUUGGUUCAGAUAAAUUCAUACAAAUUCAGGGUGAGUAAGUUUUGCAGUCAUUAAUACUUUUGCGUUUUUAAUUUUCUUCGUUCCACCUAAUUUUAAUACGUCUUAUUAGUUAUAAACAAAAUAUUUAAACACAGAUAAUACACAAAGAAACGGAAUACUUAUAAAGUAAAAAUUUUGUUCGACUCGAAUCC